AUGAACAUAAAUCAAAAGUUCCAGCUGAAUCUGCAACCAGGCAUACCAUCACAGCAGAUCUUGCUCCAGCAAUUGCAACAGGGUCAACCUCAGAACCAGCAGCAAAGUGCCGCCUCUGGUCCUCAAUACCCUGGCACGCAAGAUGGUAUGUAUGCGGACUCUCAAUAUUACCAACGGAAUGGUAACUCAUUCAACCUGGCACCUGGACCUGGCUUUUUUCCUCCGCUGCAAUUCCAAACUCAGCAGGGGCAGGCUCAAGGUGAUCAGGUGUUGAAUCAGUACCAGCAGACGCUUCAACAACCACCCAAUUUGAACCCACAGAAGUUCAUGAACCAGCAAGCCAGCAUGUUACAACAGCCUCUUCAGCUGCUGCAGCAGCAGCCCCUGCAAGGCCAACAGCCACAAUCCUCUCAGCCUCUGAAUGUUCAGUUGGCUGCUGGAGGCUUCCAGCCUGCUGCGGCGAAGGUGAGCGCUAUUAAUGUUGAUGAUCCCAACACAUUGUAUUGGCAGCAUCAGACACUGUUGUGCCAGUUGUCUCGCAGUGAAGAUAUUCCACAUUUUUACGCAAAGCAGUACGCUCAGAAUCUGAGAAAGAACAAAAACCCAUAUAACGAUGUGAAGACAGUCUCGUUGAUCGAGGCCACCAAGACCAUUGUCAAUGCAUUGAAGGAACAGGAGAAGCAGCAGUUGGCCGCCCAAACUCCUAACACUCCAGCCGCAUUGAUGAGAAAUAAGAAGAUGGAUUUGGAGGAAGAUGAAGAACAAAGAUUGAUGGCUAGAUCUCACGGUAAGCAAUUGUGGUGCCAUUUGGACUUAUCUGGCCAAGGCUUGUUGAACCUCUCUCCUAAAUUAUUCAGGUACGAUUUUUUGGAGAGCCUUUACUUGAAUUACAACAAGCUCACUUCGAUUCCUAAACAAAUCAAAGAAUUACGUGGUUUGAGAGUUUUGGACUUGUCACAUAACAGAAUCACUGAGGUGCCUCCUGAGUUGGGUCUUUGUUACAACUUACGUUACCUUUACCUCUUUGACAACAACAUUAAGACUUUUCCAAUUGAGUUCAGGAAUUUGAUAGAGUUGUUGUUUUUAGGUAUUGAGGGAAAUCCAAUCGACUUGAAAAUUGCAAACUUGGUGGCUGAGAGUGGACCUAAAGCCUUGAUUAACUAUUAUAGGGACAUGGAACCUACUUACGCGGAGCCAAAACCAAGAUCAUGGCUUUUGUUAAAGGAAGAUGGUGAAAUUAUCGAUCCUGUGACUAAUCCAAAUGCAUACUCCGACGAUCAUGCUAAUGCUGAUGCAUCAAGUACUUUCACCUUGAUGUCGUACAACACCUUGUGUCAGCACUAUGCUACCACGAAGUUGUACCAAUACACUCCAUCUUGGGCUUUGGAUUGGGAGCACAGGAAGAACGCAUUGAAAGAAGAAAUCCUUGCACUUGCAACUGAUGUUAUUUGCUUGCAAGAGGUUGAAACUCGUACUUUCCAUGAAUUCUGGGUACCCCUCAUGCAGAAUGUUGGGUACAAGGGCUUCUUCUUCAGUAAGACAAGAUCCAAAACCAUGGGUGAACUUGAAUCCAAGAAGGUUGAUGGUUGUGCCACUUUCUACCGUGCUUCAAAGUUUCAAUUUGUUCAAAAGCAAAACUUCGAGUACAACACUGUGUGCAUGGGCUCAGACAAAUACAAGAAGACAAAGGAUUUGUUCAACAGAUUCAUGAACAAGGAUCAUAUUGCCUUAAUUGUUCAACUACAGCACAUUGAGACAGGCGAGAAGAUAAUCUUUGUGAAUACUCACUUGCAUUGGGACCCUGCGUUCAACGAUGUGAAGGCAUUGCAAGUUGGUAUUUUGUUGGAGGAAUUGCUGGGAGUCAUCAAGAAAUUCAACCACACCUCUAAUCAGGAAGAGAUUAAAAAUUCGUCGGUUAUCAUUUGCGGUGAUUUCAACUCUACGAAGAACAGUGCGGUGUAUCAAUUGUUCUCCACUGGUUCAGUGUCUAAGCACGAGGACUUGGAGGGCAAGGACUACGGAAGAUUCACAGACGAAGGAUUCCAUCACUCCUUCAAGUUGAAGUCGGCUUACGACCACAUUGCAUCUGACUUCCCGUUCACUAAUUACACGCCAACUUUCACUGAUGUGAUCGACUACGUUUGGUACACCACGCCUACCUUGCAGGUGCAGGGUUUGCUUAGUAAAGCUGACGAAGAGUAUAUGAGUCACCAUAUUGGUAUUCCCAACGCGCAUUUUGCCUCUGAUCAUAUACCUCUCGUGACGAAGUUCAAGGUGCGGAAGAAGGGUGCAUCAUCUGGAGUGAAGAAGCCAGACUUCAAGCCAGAUUUCAAAGGCGGCUCCUCCAGAAAGACGUGA